GUUUAGGGGCCAGAGCGACCGUGCAGGGAGGUGGCAGGAAAGGCUGGGAACAGCUGCCGGAGGUGACGGAGCGGUGGCCCCGCCCAGUGCGCUGGAAGAAGAAGCUUCCAGGUAGCGGCCCGCGGAGUCUGACCCAGAGUACGACGGGGCAGUCGGCUGGAGCCCACGGUCCCUGGGCGGCCUCUUUAAGGGAGGGGGCGGAGCCACGUGGAAGGAUCGCGAGGGCGAGGUCACGUGGUUCGGGGCACCUGCGGGCUCCAGACUUCCUGAGCCCAGGUCCCCCCAGCUCAGUGCAGCCAUGAGUGCCGAGGUGAAGGUGACAGGGCAGAACCAGGAGCAAUUUCUGCUCCUGGCGAAGUCGGCCAAGGGGGCAGCGCUGGCCACACUCAUCCACCAGGUGCUGGAGGCCCCUGGUGUCUACGUGUUUGGGGAACUGCUGGAUAUGCCUAAUGUUAGAGAGCUGGCUGAGAGUGACUUCGCUUCCACGUUCCGGCUGCUCACGGUGUUUGCUUAUGGGACAUACGCUGACUACUUAGCCGAAGCCCGGAAUCUUCCCCCACUCACAGAGGCUCAGAAGAAUAAGCUUCGACACCUGUCAGUUGUCACCCUGGCUGCCAAGGUCAAGUGUAUCCCAUAUGCAGUGCUGCUGGAGGCCCUGGCCCUGCGGAACGUGCGGCAGCUAGAGGACCUGGUCAUCGAGGCCGUGUACGCCGACGUGCUUCGCGGCUCCCUGGACCAGCGCAACCAGCGGCUGGAGGUUGACUACAGCAUCGGGCGGGACAUCCAGCGCCAGGACCUCAGUGCCAUUGCCCGAACUCUGCAGGAGUGGUGUGUGGGCUGCGAGGUGGUGCUCUCUGGCAUCGAGGAGCAGGUGAGCCGGGCCAACCAGCACAAGGAGCAGCAGCUGGGCCUGAAGCAGCAGAUCGAGAGUGAGGUCGCCAACCUUAAAAAAACCAUCAAAGUUACUACCGCAGCCGCUGCCGCAGCCACAUCUCAGGAUCCCGAGCAACACCUGACGGAGCUGAGGGAACCGGCUCCCGGCACCAACCAGCGCCAGCCCAGCAAGAAAGCCUCGAAGGGCAAGGGGCUCCGAGGGAGCGCCAAGAUUUGGUCCAAGUCGAACUGAAGGGAUUGUCGGUUCUUCCCCGGAUGUGGGUCCUAGCUGCCUGCCUGCCCCUUAGGAGUCCUCAGAGAGCCUUCCUGUGCCCCUGGCCAGCUGAUAAUCUAGGUUCAUGACCCCUCCCCGCCCUUCUCUCCCGUACCCCCAAGCAGAGAUGACACCUUCUCUAGGGAGGAGGCAAGUACAAGUCAUGUUUUUGUUGGUACUUUUUGUUUGAUGUGACUUUCUUGUGUGUCCCAUUGUCCCCUCCUCCUCCCUGCCAUGCUCUCUCCCCUAUUUCUUUAGGAGCCAGCAUCUGUCCCUGUUUAUCAUGUCACUGAGUAGGUGAGGCGGUUGCGUCUCCAGCAUAACCCACACCUGUCGGUCCUGCCAGCACCCCCCUCCCCGCAUGCUGAACCCUGACUCCUGCCCCUGCCCCAGCCUCCUUGGGCAGCCUGCCCAGAGCCCUAGGGCUCCCACCUUUGUUCCCACCCUGAGAGUUCUGGGAGCCAGCCGGCCCUCCCAGGAGUCCCUGGACACACACAUCCUAGAGUUCUAUCUCACUGCAGUUGUUUCCUUUCCUCUCUCCUCCCCUUGGGUCCUGGGAAUGCUGCUGCUUCCAUGUCCCCAGAGCCUAAGGGCUGCUGUUUCUCGAGCUAUUGCGAGAUGGUUCUUUCCUGGGCCUGUCUUAGAAAGCCUGAUGGCAGUCCUGGAAGGAUUUACACUUCCUUUUGUGAGUUUGAUGGGGAAGGGAAGGGGAUAGAAAGUGUAUAAAAAAAGAGUAUAUAUACAUAUAUCUAUAUAUAACAUGACACAGAAAUAAAUCUAUGAGAAGUCUAUCUACAAA